ACGCGAUUUUCGCAAUGAGAAAAGUUUAGGUCCGUUACCUAAAAUAAUUGUACUGUAAUUUUUCUCUCAAGUGACUAAAGAAGUAUUUUAAAAUGUUGAAAUUGAACGUAGUCGCGUUCCUUAUUUUACUGAGCUUAGACAUAGCCCGCUCGGCAAUCACAAAGCGCAGCCCUCUAAAAGUUGCCGCUUUUAACAUCAAAGGUUUCGGGGACGCCAAAAUGGCUGACGUUGGCAACCAAAUCUCGAGCAUUCUCGCCAACUUCGACGUUGUUCUCGUGCAGGAAGUUCGAGAUAAAGAUCUCUCCGCCUUAGACGCGUUGAAAACAUUACUAGGCUCAGACCUAUGGGAUUAUGUAUCGAGCUCGCCGAUUGGUCGAUCGCCUUACUAUCAAGAGCAGUAUGUGUUUUUCUACAGAAAAUCUUCCAUCAAUGUUUUGGGGAGUUUCCAGUACAACGACACCCUGGGGGACGUGUUUGAGCGGGAUCCCUUUGGGCUGAUGAUUGAGUACUACUCCCCCGCUGCCAGUCAUAAAGUGGGGGUCGUUGUCCUGGGCGUCCACACGCAACCUGAGAAUGCUGUCGCUGAACUGCAGGCUCUUCCGGUUGUUAUGGCCUCAGCCAAAACCCAGUACCCAGCCAGCUCGGGGGUUAUAGCCAUGGGUGACUUUAACGCCGACUGUGCUUACGUCAGCAGCACAGAGUUAUCCAACCUGGAAGUGUUUACCUCCCCUGCCUAUCGCAGCCUGAUCCCGCACACGGCCGACACGACCACGGCCACCACCACGGACUGCGCUUACGACAGGGUGGUCAUUCAAGCCGGAACUGACGUCAUCGCUGACCAGGCCGGGGUGUUUACUUCUGGUACCACAGCUGAAGUCGCCGCUACCAUUAGUGACCAUUACCCGAUAUCUUUUCGAUUGAACUAAUCUUAAGACUUUUUGGUUUUUGCAUUCUGUCUGUGAAAAAAUAAAGAUACUUUACAAAGCGUUUGUGGAGUAACU